UGGAAAUGAGCAGACUGAGCAACUCAUUCAGAGCUCCAAGGCAGACAAGUACCCUUGCUUUCUCUGUGACUGGGAGUCAAGCUUUGGACUGUCAAGACAAGUAGACACUUUUCCCUGAGCUGGAGGUGAGCUUCUGUCUGAGGUGUCUGUGCUGGUCUAGACUGGAUGGGCUCUGUGAAGCUCAGCCCAGCCGUUCCCCCCCGGCCUUCCCUACCCCCUAAACCCCAGCUCCCCCCCAAACCCCAGAGCAGGGGGGGCCGUUGGCGCAGGGCCACUGAGGUGAUCACAUGGGGGGCCCGGCCGGGGCAGAGGGGGAGAGAGGAGGAAGACUCCCACAGACAAAGAGGGGAUCAACGAGCCAAACACCUGUCAAUGCCAUUUCUGCACAAAGAUCAGAGCCCAUCUCUUUCGGCAUCCCAGAAUCACAGCAGCAGUGGCAGCCCUCUUGCACCGCCUGCUGUGCCACCUGUCUGCAGGAGAGAAAGCCCGAGCAGACCGCUUCCUGCCCCAAAGCCCCGAACCCCACAGAGAGCCCAGCAGCCGCAGAGCAGAGAGGACCAGGGAGCCGAACAUGAGAGAAGAGUGCCGGACCCGGCGCCUCAACCACCCCCGAACAUCCCCGAAUCUGAGCAGCCAGAAGACUGGGCCUGGAGCAGCCCCGCAGAAAGGGAAUCCCAGACUUUCCCCCAGAAUGAGGAGGAGGAGGAGGAAGCCGGAGGUCAACCAGUGUGUCUCCCCUGCUGCCCGUGUGUGUGCCACCAGAGAGCACUGCUUGAGAUUGGUGAGGGGUCUGUGGGAAUCUCCCCUGUGGCAGACUGGCUUGAGCACAUGGUGAAGAAGCAGCUCACCCGGGACUGGGAUGCCCACUUGGAUUACUGGCAUAUUACCACCCAGAGUGGCACAGGGCAGACCAGGAGAUAUCCCCCCGGCGCCCCUCUCCCGAUCCGACCACUUCCGAAAGAGCCUGAACUGCUGGCUCUGACAACAGUUGCAGAUUACUAUAAAUCAAGCAAGACACAGAACACUCCUUUAACUGGAACCCUUGUGAUGAACUGCAUGCGUAUGCAGUUUCCAGGUACAAGCCAGCACUUGCUCUCCUGACUGGAAACAGCAGGCAAGUCCAUGCUGGGA